AUGGCGAAUGGGGAGAUGGUUAAAUAUGGUGCAUUUGGAAAGCCGGUAUCGAAAAAGGCGCCAAUACCACCAUCGUCACAGAGUGGGCAUGAUACUAAAUUAAAGACUGCACAAACAUACCAGGUGGAAUUAAACUAUCCUAUUGAGUACCUCGUCUCAAUAUCAGGAUGUACUGGGUACCUUGAUGGAAGUUAUUGUGUGAAAUCUCUCACAAUACAUAGCAAUGCCAGGCAAUAUGGACCAUAUGGUACAGAAGAUGGAGGUCGUUUUAUGACCCCAUUAACUGGGGUUAAGAUUGUUGGAUUCUAUGGAAGGCAGGGUAGUUAUUUGGAUGCAAUUGGAGCAUACAUUAUUCCAUUCCAAACUAAAAUACCUGUUGGUCCAUUUGGAACUAGUGGUGGACAACAGUGGGAUGACGGAACUUACAGCACAGUAAGGGAAUUAAUCAUACAUUCCGGAAUGGUAAUUGAUUGCAUCCAAAUUGUCUAUGAUAAUGAAGGAGAAAGAGUAUUGGGAGAAAAGCAUGGUACUGUGGGCGGACAAGAAAACAAGGUCACAUUAGACUACCCGGAUGAAUUUUUGCUUUCAUUUUGGGGCUACUAUGGACAAGUAAGUGACAUGGUUGUUAUCCGGUCGCUUGGAUUUCAAAGCAACAAAAGAAUGAUUGGACCGUUUGGCGUGGAGAGUGGAGAGAAAUUUCAAUCCUCAUCAACUUGUGGCAAGAUCAUUGGAUUCUAUGAAAGGUCUAAUAAGUACCUCUCUUCAAUUGGAGCAUAUCUCGACAAUUACAAUAAUAGAUGCUCAAUGUUGUCCUUAAAGUUUGGUGAAAGUAGUUAA